AUGGCUUCCACAAUGCGCGCAGUCGGCAUCCAAGGCGGCAAAGGCCCCGCAACAUCCCUCUUCAUCGACACCAUCGCCAAGCCCGCUCCAGCCCCGGGCCAAGCCCUUGUGAAGAUUCGCGCCUUCGGCCUGAACCGCAUGGAUCUGCUCCAGCGCGAGGGUGUGUACCCGGUCCCACCGCAAGCGCCUGCGACCAUGGGCGUGGAGUUCUCCGGCGUGGUGGAGGGGUUUGGCGGGGACGAGCCGUGCGAUUUCAAGGUCGGGGAUGAGGUGUUUGGGUUGGCGUAUGGCGAUGGUUGGUGGGAGAUGGGGUUGCUGAUCUACGAGGGUGACAUAGGGGCAUAUGCGGAGUACCUUGCUGUCUCGACGAAGAUGCUGAUGCACAAGCCGAAGGACUUGUCGUGGGAGGAAGCGGCCGGCGUGCCCGAGACCUGGAUCACCGCCUCCCAGGCCUUGUUCCUAAUCGGCGAUUUCCAAGAGGGCCAGUCAGUGCUGUGGCACGCCGGCGCUUCGUCCGUCUCCAUCUCGGGCAUCCAGCUUGCCAAAGCAGCGGGUGCUAAGGCCAUCUACGCGACAGCUGGAUCGCAGGAGAAAAUUGACUUCCUGGAGAAAGAGCUCGGCGUGACCAAGGCAUUCAACUACCGGACUGAGGAUUGGGCCACCGAGAUCCAGCGCGCAACGGGCGGGGCGGGUGUUAAUCUCACGGUUGACUUUAUCGGCGCAACCUAUUUCCAAGGCAACCUGGACGUGGCAGCACGCGACGGGCGCGUGGUGCUGCUAGGUCUGAUGGGCGGAGGCAAGCUGCCAGACGGGGUGAACAUCGCGCCGCUGCUGAUGAAGCGCAUCCGGGUGGGAGGGCAGCACGCUGCGCAGCCGGGACGAGGAGUACCAGCGGAAAUUGCGGGACACGCUGGUGUCGCAUGCACUGCCGCGAUUCUGCGAUGGCACGUUCCGUGUGUUUGUGGAGAAGGUAUUCCCGUUUGA